UGAAGCUGACAGGUGAUAUCUUGUUCUCUAAAAAUUCGAGAUUGUAAUCUGAUCCGGACGCGUCUCUCUGCCAGCAGGGUUGUGCAGGCCAGCGAAUUCUGGCUCGAAAUGUUGGCGCAAAGACCCUCAUUCCGCUUCCUGGCCACGGGCGCCAUCGUCUCGAUUGUCGCCUUUACAUUCCUCAUCUUCGGCACACGUUCGUCACGCGAUGCGGCAUCGAGAUUCAUCCUGAAGACAUAUCGUCCCGAAUCGUCCUCACAAACACACUGUGCGCAGGAGAAAUAUACCACUCCGCUGAACGGCAGCUGGGAGUUUGUUGUUGAGCGCGAUGCCUUGAACCAUGGACUAUCGGAUGAGCAGUGUCAGCUUGCUUUUCCAAAGCUCUUUGGGGAGAUUGAGAAGUCUGUGCUAUUGAGGCAGGAUGAUAGGAUCACUUAUAAGGACCUGGACUCAAGAGAGGUGGAGGAUGGCAUGGUUCGCGCGAUCAUUGAUCGAGGCCAGCUUUACAUUGUCGAAUAUGCGCCAAUGCCCGUCACAGCCUCGCGUGCCCGCGCUACACUCAACUCCCUCCAUCGUGCCUUGACAGCCACCCCCGACCGACAUCUUCUGCCGAGCAUCGAAUUUAUUUUCACCACGGAGGAUUUCGCCAACGAUCCCACCGGGAAAGGGCCCGUCUGGGCUUAUUCCAAGCGUGAUGCAGAUGACUCGGUCUGGUUGAUGCCGGACUUUGGAUACUGGGCCUGGCCAGAGGUCCAAAUUGGACCGUACCAUGAAGUCCGGCGCCGCAUCGCCGCGAUCGACGACGGUGAAACAGCUUCCGAUGGGGCACAUAUACCAGGGUUGCAAUUUCAAGAUAAGAAGAAACAGCUUGUCUGGCGUGGCAGUCUCGCCACGAACCCAGCCGUUCGCAGCAAACUGCUCAAAUCCGCCCAAAGCCGGAGCUGGGCGAGCGUGCGAGUAAUCGACUGGGAUGACGAGAAUGAUAUCCGCUUCAAUCUCCUCCCCAUCGAAGACCACUGUCGCUACAUGUUCCUCGCUCAUACCGAGGGACGCAGUUUCUCCGGUCGCGGCAAGUAUCUACUCAACUGUCGCUCCGUAGUGAUUUCGCACCCGCUCAUUUGGCGUGAAGCGCACCAUGCCGCCUUGGUAUCGGCCGGUCCGGACGCGAACUAUGUCGAAGUGGAACAGGAUUUUGCAGAUUUACCCCGGAAAGUGGACUUUCUGAUCGAUAACCCUCAGGUCGCAGAGCGCAUUGCUGAGAAUGCAGUGCGAACGUUCCGAGAUCGGUACCUGACCCCUGCUGCCGAGUCUUGUUAUUGGAGACAUCUUGUCAGGCAGUAUGCUUCGGUGUUGGACUUUGAACCUGUGCUCUUCGCGACUGGUCGCGAUGGGAAGUUGACACCACGAGGCACGCCGUUUGAGACGUGGUUGUUGAUGAAUUGAUGACUUUUGGAUAUCCUUUGGGGUCUGCCUAAGGCUAUGAUGUUUUGUUAGCGAGUUUUGGCGUUGGGUGAUAUGUGUAUAUAUUGGGCACUUGGUCGUUCAUAUUUCUCUGCACUCUAUGGAGUUUUUGUAUAUCCGGUUAUUGCGUGUUGAAGCCGAUUAUGGGCGCAUAUGAGAUGCAUAGUCUGGUUGUAUAUAGCCUGUUUAGUACGACUUAGUCUUGCAUAUGUACAACCGCCCAGGCGGACCAUCGGCGCAUAAUGUUCGCCGGUGUACCCCCU